UUGUAUUUAUCCUUUCCUUACUAUUAAUUGAAAGAGGGAGAAAGAAAAGGAUUUUGCAGCAAUCACAGAAACAGUAACAGGGUAAGCAAGUAAGGUCCCGUGAAUUUCGAUCCACACAGUUGAAAAGUAGCAAUGGGCGCAUGUCAGCACCGACACGACAACAUGCUUUGGUGCCAUUUUCAAAGUUGCCUUUUUUAAUCCUUUUUGGGAUUAAAAACAUGACCUGCGCUUAAAGGGUUGACGAAAAUGAUGCUCUUCACCUUCGGGGCCCUCCUUUAUGCUCUGUCACUGCCAACCAGAACCAUCAAUUAUUAUUAAUUAAUCCAAAACCAAUACUAUUCCUAUGUUUUUCUUCUUGUUCUUUCCACGCCAACACUCCAUUCCCCUUUCCCCAACUUUUCCUAACUCCAACCGCACCCACAUUGCAAUUCUCUUCUAGCCCUUCGCAUUUCCCCUGUAAAGUUUCGUUUUUUGCAUUGAAACAAAACAAGUGUGAGGUGGGUGUUGACAAACUUGGUUCAGGACUUGUGGGUUUUUGCUCAACUUCCAUUGAAAUGCUAAGGGGUGACAAUUUGGGAAUUGAGUACAUAUGUUUCGGAGAUUAGGAUGGUUUGUGGGUCUCAAUCAAACCAAUUUGACCACCAAAAGGUUGCUCGGUGCCGAACAAACUGCCUCUGCUAGACCAAAUCGCCAACUCCCUCUGCUCGAUGCUGUUCACGAAGUUGCCGUUUACAUUCAUAGGUUUCACAAUCUCGAUCUUUUUGAACAAGGAUGGUACAGAAUCAAGGUUACAAUGAGAUGGGAGGACGGUGAUGACUCAUAUCCCGGGAUUCCUGCGCGGGUUGUUCAGUAUGAAGUUCCUGAAGUGGGUGCUGACAAUUUAUGUAGAGUUUGGACGAUAGAUGAUAAAGACAACAGUUUUUCAACACCAUCAUUCCGGAUUAGAUAUGCAAGGCAGGAUGUAUUUCUGUCUAUCAUGGUCUCAUUCUAUCUAUCUUAUGGCGGAUAUGAGGGUAAAUCCUCUGCUGUUAUCUUGAAGUUUGAGCUCUUUCACACUCCAACUCCUGAAAUUGGGCCUGAGUUACAAAGUUCGUUGGAUGCAUGUGCAGCUUCAGUUCAUGAGUAUAGAAUCCCUCCUAAAGCUCUUUUGGGAUUGCACUCGUAUUGUCCUGUUCAUUUUGAUGCUUUCCAUGCCGUCCUUGUUGAUACUAGUGUUCAUAUCAGUCUACUAAAACCUGGUUAUCACACACCACAACUGAAGGUACCAAGUGAUUCUUUGGCUUCUGAAGGAACAUAUGGUGAAGACCACGUAAGGUCAAACAAGGUUCUGCUCAUCAAAGCAUUGAUGAUUGCCCAUGAUAUCCUGCUUGAUGACCUGAGAAGAAUAAGCAAAGGAAUUAACCAUGCUAUUGAUUUGACUGGAAUUACUUUUGAGCCAGAUGUUACCAAGUUGUUCAAUUCUACUUCACCAGCACAUGCAAAAGCUACUGCUGAUGAAGCAUCAAUUCAACUGUUUGACCAAAUCAGUGCGGAGAAAGUUACUCAAUAUAUCAAUCAUCUUACUGAGGAAUCGUCUCAACCUUUUUCAUGGGAUGAUUUGUUAAACUCCUUCCAGUCUAUUGGGAAUCAGCUGUUACAUCUCUGGAAUACAUUUCUGAAAUUCCAUAGGGAAAAUAGGACAAAGAUAUUGGAAUUUCUCCAUAACUCAUGGGCUAAUGAUAGAAGAACUGAAUGGUCAAUAUGGAUGGUGUACUCCAAGGUUGAUAUGCCUCACCAGUACAUUAGUAAUGGGGUUGAGGCGACAUCAUUGUACCGAAACUUAAGAGCAAGAUCAACAAGUACAAGGAGAUUUACUGAUGAUCCUGUUCAGACUGCCACAGUGCGAGCCGAACUUCAUAGGCGCGGUAUAGCACAAAUGAGGAUCAACAAUCGGUCACUUCAAGACAUGUAUAUAUUUGGAGAUCCAUUGCGGGUUCCUAUUAUUAUUGUAGAACGAUUGGAGAACAUGUACCGUUUUGGCAGUGUGAAGUCAUACUUCCUUCCUUUGGAAGAGAAAGCUAGACAUAUCCUCGAAAAUGGAUCUAGAGACAUAAACAAGUUGCCUGGGAAUAGCCCACAACAAAAUGAACACGUUUUGAGAGUAGUUGUUUUCGUUCACGGGUUUCAGGGACAUCAUUUAGAUUUAAGGCUUAUUCGGAACCAAUGGCUUUUAAUAGACCCCAAAGUACAGGUUCUUAUGUCAGAGACAAAUGAAGAAAAAACAUCUGGCGACUUCAGAGAAAUGGGAUUACGGCUUGCUCAGGAAGUGAUCUCUUUCCUGAAAAGGAAGAUGGAUAAAGCUUCAAGAGCUGGAAACUUAAAAGAUAUCAAGCUUAGCUUUGUUGGUCAUUCUAUUGGGAAUCUCAUAAUCAGAGCUGCUUUGGCAGAAAGCAUCAUGGAGCCAUAUCUAAGAUACUUGUGUACAUAUGUUUCUAUAUCUGGUCCGCAUUUGGGUUAUAUGUAUAGUUCGAACUCUAUAUUCAAUUCAGGAUUGUGGCUCUUGAAGAAGAUCAAAGGCACACAAUGUAUCCAUCAACUAACUUUCACAGAUGAGCAUGAUCUUGAGAACACAUUCAUCUACAAUCUUUCGAAGAAGAAGACACUGGCAAACUUCAAGAAUGUGAUUCUUUUAUCCUCACCUCAGGAUGGUUAUGUUCCAUAUCAUUCUGCCAGAAUAGAACUGUGUCCAGCAGCUACUUUGGACUUCUCUAAACAAGGGAAAGUGUUUUUGAAGAUGUUGAAUAAUUGCUUGGACCAAAUCAGAACCAACUCUGACCAUCGUGUGGUCAUGCGUUGUGACAUCAACUUCGAAACCUCAUCGUACGGAAGGAGGAACUUCAACACACUUAUUGGACGAGCUGCUCACAUUGAAUUCUUGGAGUGUGACAUUUUUGUCAAGUUCAUAAUGUGGUCUUUCCCAGAGCUCUUUAGUUAGUAUUAUUCAGAAUACAAAACUGCAUUGAGACCAGAGCAAUCAUUAGAUGCCAAUGCAAUUAUUUGUUGCAUUGGCAUGCACAACAAAAAGCACGUGUGUACGAUAUCGGUUAAAAGUUGAAAAGUGCUUUACAAAUUACAAGUUAUAGUGCUGUAGGAUUAGGAGCUUAGGGAAAAUGUUGUACACAGACAAUUGGAAUUCAAAGAAUUUUGUGCUCAAAGUCAAAAUUAACUCUCCGUAAUACACUUUACACUCUGAUUUUUUGCCUUUGUGGUCCAGUCUCUGUUUUGCCGUUGUCCACGGCCUAACUAUGAUGCUUAUUUUUCAUCUCAAUUUACGCUCACUUUAUUACAUUUUA